AUGCCCUCUGAUCAUCUCAUUAAAACGGUGAACUCUGAUUGUACUCCAAAUGUUGCUACUGCCUCCAAGAUGACCAACAUUGAGUGUUCUUUCUAUCCACUAUUCCCAAAUGAGGCUCUUGAGGUAGACCUUCUAAAAGAUGUAGUGGCUUGGCCUGAAACUCCACCUGUACCAUCUAAUUUUGCCCUGAAUAAGAGUAGUGAUCCGGCUCACAGUUCCUUCACCAUUCUCCCACGGAAAAGAGUGGGAAGUUGGCAUAUAGGGGAUGAACUGGAAGUUUUGAUAAACAUUUGUGACUUUCAUGGUCAGCCCAAGAAGUCUGGGGGAGAUGUUAUACUGGCACGGUUGUACAACCCUACACUGUCUGCAGGUGUUGCAGGACAAGUUCUGGAUCACUGCAAUGGAUCUUACUCUGCUGUGUUCUCAUUACUCUGGGAAGGAAGUGCACAGGUUGAGGUGACCCUCGUUCACCCCAGCGAGGCCGUCAACGUGCUGCAAAAACUCACCCAGGAGCAUCCUGACAGAAUUUAUUUCCAAAGUCUCUUUCGCUCAGGCUCAGUCACUGAAACUACCACCUGUAAUGUGUGCCUUAAGACAAAAACCCAGCAGAAUCUGUGCAACUACACCAACCUCUACACAGGUGACCAGUGGUUUUGCUACAAGCCAAAGAAGUUAGACUGUGAUGCCAGGAUCACCCACUCCAAAGGAGGAACCACAGAGAACCUCAAGCCCGUGCAGAACAAACUUUUUCAAAGGCAAGUGUAA